AUGGCCUCGGAAGAUCAAAACCGAAUUGACGACACAAUAAUCGCCCAAUUUCAGACAUUCGAGGACUUCCUCGACUCCCAAAUAACCCCUCUCGACCUAUAUUACCUAGAAGUACCAUCUCCUCUAAUCCAGGACGACGAGUUGGCCAGACAGCUAGUAGAAUUGGGGUACCGAGGAAGUGGGGAAGUGCUCAAAAGAGAAGAAUUUGACCAGCGAAAAGCUGAGAACGAAGCAGCAAAACUAACAAGCAAAUUCAACUCAAAGUCUGACAAUUUCUUUCAUUUUCUCAGGAAAAUUGCGAGUUUGAAUAAAGAAAUAAGCGACGUGUUUCUCAAGGAACUGGCAGCAAGAGAAGAGGCCAACAGAAGUGGGAAACUCAGCGUAUUACUUUUUAAGCAAUUGGGAACUCAGGAUACAGGAUUUGACAUUCUGCAGAACUGA